GUUCCCACGAUUUUUUGGUUGACGUUGAGUAACAUGGAAUCGCAUGUGAACAAUAUACUAGAAACCACUUCCAGAGACAAAAGUGUAGUCGCUUGUAUCAGAAACGUGGAAAACUUCACAGACGAAUCGAGACUGCUUUGGGAAUACAUACAAUGCUUCAGAGGGCCGCAAUCUCAAGACAUCGAGACAGCUGUCAUAGUGACAGUGGUGAAUUGCAUCAUUUUCGUCACAGGAGUGUUGGGAAAUGUAGCAGUUUGCGUUGUCAUCAUGAAACAUAAGGCGCUCAGCACGCCUACGGACUAUUAUUUACUGAAUUUGGCCAUAGCUGAUCUCACACUUCUGAUCUUUGGUCUUCCUUAUGACAUAAUGUUGUAUUGGUAUCAAUAUCCAUGGAUAUUUGGCCAACCUGUGUGCCAAGGUCGGGCACUGAUAUCCGAAAUGGCUUCCUAUGUCUCUGUAUUAACUGUCGUCACAUUUUCUACUGAGCGUUACGUAGCAAUUUGCCAUCCUAUGUACACUUUGGUAAUGUCCAGUCUACGCAGAUCUCUGCGCAUAAUAUUAUGCAUUUGGGUGGUGUCUUUCAUAUGUGCCCUACCCUUCGCAAUAUACAGUGGCGUGGAUUAUAUUCCUCACCCAAAUGAAUCGCAGAAUAUAAUUUUGGAAUCAGCUCUUUGUGCAAUGAUUUCACAGCCAGAAAAUAUCCCUCUGACUGAAAUCAGUACUACCAUAUUUUUUCUAAUUCCCAUGACAAUAAUAAUUUAUCAAUAUAUCAAAAUGGGGCUAGUGAUGAUACGAAACAGCAAUAAUAAUGGACAAUUAGGUGACAGUUUGAGCGGUUGUGUUCACAGAAAAGAUAGAAAGUACGAAAUGAACAAUAGGAAUGUAGUGAAAAUGCUAUCUCUGGUAGCUUUAGGAUUUUUUGCAUGCUGGUGCCCAUUUCAUGCUCAGAGACUCAUAUCCGUCCAUCUCGAUGAGGAUUACUACUCAGAAGAAAUCAAUUACUGGAUGUACGUUGUCACCGGAAUUUUGUACUACUUCUCAUCAACUCUCAACCCGAUCUUAUACAACGUCACUUCUCUGAGGAUGAGGAACGCUUUCAAAGAAGUAAUGUGCGGGGUGAAACGAACGAGAAGAGACAAAUUCAUGAGGACAAAGUGCAAUGGUGCCACUGGACACAGACAAUGUUCCAAUACUAGCGAAGUUGACGAUGAGAAAGCAAGUUUGGUGAGAAAGAAGUCGAUAAUGUCAGUGAUUCAAAAGAUGAGUAGCGCUACAACUAUUGUGGAUAUUACAGAAGAAAAUAACUACCAGAGAUAGAGGUUACUUAGAUAUUUGGUAACAGAUGGACAUCCUACCAAUAUAUGGAACGUUGUUUGAAGAAAUGCUGGUAUCGAAUAAUAUAAUUAUUGUAAUAUAGCCAAUUAAUAUUAAUUUACGAUUGUACAUACUAGUCGAAUUUACUCUACAUACCUUUUUCCAUGGAUCUUUCAAUGUAUCAGUAGAAUCUGAAUCAAUCAUCAUUCAUUUGAAAUUACCGAAAAUGAUGUUUGUAGUAGGUCUUACCACUGGACACAGACAAUGUUCCAAUACUAGCGAAGUUGACGAUGAGAAAGCAAGUUUGGUGAGAAAGAAGUCGAUAAUGUCAGUGAUUCAAAAGAUGAGUAGCGCUACAACUAUUGUGGAUAUUACAGAAGAAAAUAACUACCAGAGAUAGAGGUUACUUAGAUAUUUGGUAACAGAUGGACAUCCUACCAAUAUAUGGAACGUUGUUUGGAGAAAUGCUGGUAUCGAAUAAUA